UCGGCCAGCAGCAGCAGCAGCAGCAGCAGCAGCAGCAACCGCAGCAGCCGCUCCGCCGCCGCCUCCUUCCUCCCCUAACGCCCGCUGUUGUGAUGCGUAUUCCCGUAGACCCGAGCACCAGCAGGCGCUUCACACCUCCCUCCACGGCCUUCCCCUGCGGUAAGAUGGGAGAGAACAGCGGCGCCCUCAGCGCGCCAGUCCCGGGACCUCGUAGCCGGACCGAGUCGGCGCGCUCGGUGGUGGACGUCCUGGCCGAUCAUCCGGGAGAACUGGUGAGGACCGACAGCCCCAACUUCUUGUGCUCGGUGCUGCCUUCCCACUGGAGAUGCAACAAGACCCUCCCCGUGGCCUUCAAGGUGGUGUCCCUUGGAGACGUUCCUGAUGGGACGGUGGUUACGGUCAUGGCUGGUAAUGAUGAAAACUAUUCGGCUGAGCUUCGGAAUGCUUCAGCUGUAAUGAAGAAUCAGGUGGCCAGGUUCAACGAUCUUCGCUUUGUCGGACGGAGUGGCCGAGGAAAAAGCUUUACGCUGACCAUCACAGUCUUCACCAACCCUACUCAGGUCGCUACAUACCACCGGGCUAUUAAAGUGACCGUCGAUGGUCCCCGGGAACCGAGAAGGCACAGGCAGAAGUUGGAAGAACAAACAAAAUUCCAAGAUCGUUAUGGAGAGCUGGAAAGACUUCGGCACUCAAUGAGAGUCACUCCUACGACGGCCAAUUCUCGGGGGUCCCUCGGCGGCCCAGGGCACUUUGGUACACAAGCUCAGAGCCAGAUUCAAGGUACCUCUGAACUUAGCCCGUUCUCCGACCCACGGCAGUUUGAUCGGUCCUUCUCUGCUCUACCAGGCCUCACCGAGACCCGGUUUCCAGACCCAAGAAUGCAUUACCCUGGUGCCAUGCCUGCGGCCUUCCCUUACACAGCGACACCAUCCGCCACGGGAAUCGGUGGCCUCAGUAUGACCAGCAUGCCAACGGCCACUAGGUUCCACCACACCUACCUUCCCCCACCGUACCCCAGCUCCACCCAAAACCAGAGUGGACCCUUCCAGACCAAUCCUUCUCCCUACCACUUGUACUAUGGUGCCUCUUCCGGAUCAUACCAGUUCUCCAUGGUGGCAGGAGGAGAGCGCUCACCAACCAGGAUGUUGCCAUCUUGUCCAAGUGCCACAGUAGGAAACAACUUGAUCAACCCCAGUCUCACCAGUCAGGCUGAUGGUGUGGAAGCAGAUGGUAGCCAUAGUAACUCCCCAACAACCAUGACAACAACCGGGAGGAUGGACGAAGCUGUCUGGAGGCCAUAUUGAAAGAGCACUGAAGGCCAAGCCAUGUUCUUCACCAAUUGGUGGGUCAAAGGAGAAAAGAACCAAAAAGAGCUGCAACUGGCGAUCCUGUCCACUCCAUCUCCAAAGUGGCCUUGGCAUCCCAAAAUGAGAUCGUUCUUGUCCAAAACAUAAGAUAAUAAGAAACGGAAAAAGCACAGGAAGGCUAGAGAUAGCAUGAAUUUGGAUACAUUUCAAAACAAAUCUUCAUAGGUUCUUCUCAACAAAUGAUCUGCAGCAGCCUUUCCCCAACUUGGGGCAUCCCGAUGGAUUUGGACUACUUGGAGUUGUUACCUGCACACACCUUGGUGUCUCUCAGCCACGAAAGACUGUCUGUUGUGUCCAGAACAGACAAAAGAAUAGGUAGAAAAGAAAUACUCUUCUCUGUUGUAGCAAAAAUGGCCAAACACAAAAAAGCUCUGGUUCAGCAUUUCCAACAUGGUGUCUCCCAGAUAGGUCAGAUAAUACCUUCCAGUAUCCCCAGCCAGCUUGGAGAUUAUGGGAGGUGUAAUCCAACACAUCCAGAGAACAGCUGGUUAGAGAAGGUUGUCCUUAGCAAUCAUCUCAAAGGCCAAGCAGUGUUUCCAAUGGGAUGGAUGGAUGGAUGGAUGGAUGGAUUAAAGGUUCUUGAUAUUAGUCCCUCGAAUAAGGGAGCUGAUGACAGAGGUCUGUGAAUCCAGGUCAG